AUGGGGCUGCCGGACAAUAACGGCAGGCUUUUCGUGGGCGGCGUCGCCCCGGGCACCGGCGACGAGGACCUCCGCCGCCACUUCUGUCAUUACGGGGAGGUGACCGGCGUCUGCCAGCCUAAGGACAGGCUCAACGGCCUUCCCCGUGGCUUCGCGUUCGUCCAGUUUCCCCGCCCCGCGGACGCCGGCCGUGCCCUCGCCGACCCACACCACGUCAUCAAUGGCGAGCAGGUGAAUGUUGCAAGAGCAAAACCAAGAAGUGCCUAUAAGUACAAGCCUCUCUGCCAACGGGUCUUUGGGUCUCGUAAACGUAGUUACCGGGUUGGCGACAUGUUGAAGAUAUCUGUUGGUCCAUUGGGUGACGACUAUGAAGAAUCUGAGGUCGUCAAUACGGUCCGGAAAUUCGGAGUCAUCGUAGAUAACACGUUGUUCUUCGAAUGCCUCAUUGGGUAUAUCUCACCGGACGGUAACGAGUGCAUGGUCAGAUGGCCACCAGUGCAGAGUGAUGACAAGUUGUUGUCUGGCCGGCAAGGAAGUAUCGUACCAGCUUGGACCUGCUCGUUGAAAGAACUUGCUCAGUUUUCGUCCAACGGCAACCUUGCUUCUCCAAACUGUUGCCGAUAUUGCCUGGGAUUUUCCCCAGGUUGUGCUGCCACUGCUCACUCAUGCUGCUACCCAUAUGGCGGCUCUGUUGGGCAUGCCCUUAGUGCUGAACCUACACAUCCCGAGGCUGCUCCAUCUCAGAAUUGGAGUUGGCAUGUGUUCCAUCGCCCUGGUUAG